CUUGACAGCUGUAGCUGAGUGCUCGGGGUUGGUCAGUGUUGACAAGAAGGGCAGCAUGAGACGCGUCUCUGCUCGGAUCAUGCAAGCAUGUGGAUUUUUGGAAGAAAAGACAGUUUGACAGCUCACUCAAAGAAAAGAAACAUGUGGAGGACCCUAACAUUCUCACUGAUAGUUACACUGGCAUUGGGCACAGAGGUUUCCCAGUCUGAGGAUGUGGGGUCCAUGGUUGCUGUUGAGAAGGCGAUGGAGGAACAGCAGGAGAAUUUCAGUGACAUAUCCACCGUACUAGGAAAGUCCAGACACCAGAUCCUGGCUGCUCAGUUUGAGUGCUACCUGAAGAUAAUCCAUGAUCCAUCACGUACAGAAGAAGGCACUCACUGUAACCGUACGUGGGACGGCUGGCUGUGCUGGGGGGAUUCAGCUCCGGGGACUGUCAUGCAGAUGUGUCCUGCAUACUUUCUCGACUUUGACCCUGCUGAGAAAGUUACUAAAGUGUGUAAUCCUGAUGGCCAGUGGUUCCACCACCCAGUGAGCAACAGAGUCUGGACUAACUACACCCAGUGUCAGGCCUACACCAAAGACAAACUCAAGUUUACCAUUAGUCUCUACUACCUGGCCAUGGUGGGUCAUGGCCUAUCUAUUGUCUCCCUCAUCAUCUGUCUGAUCAUCUUCUCCUACUUCAAGAGUCUUAGCUGCCAGAGAAUCUCCCUCCACAAGAAUAUGUUUCUCUCCUUCAUCUUGAACUCCAUUGUUACUAUAAUGUGGCUCUCGCUCACUAUGGUCAAUAACCAAGCCAUGAAUGCCGGCAACCCCGUGAGCUGUAAGGUCCUGGCUGUGCUUACUCAGUAUACGACUAUUUCCAACUACUUCUGGAUGCUGUGUGAAGGCAUCUACCUCCACACGCUCAUCAUAGUGGCCGUCUUUGUCGGGGAACAGCAACUCUUCUGGUACUACGUCGUGGGAUGGGGUUUUCCCGUCAUUCCUGCCAUCACGUAUGCUGUGGCUCGUGGUCUCUUCUUUAACGACAAGUGUUGGAUCAGCUCACACACACACCUGCUCUAUAUCAUUCAUGGGCCCAUUCAAGCUGCACUGCUUGUGAACUUUUUCUUUCUCCUGAACAUCGUCCGAGUCCUGAUCACCAAGCUGAAAGAGACCCACUGCGCUGAGUCCACAGCCUACAUGAAGGCGGUGAGAGCCACCCUCAUCCUCAUCCCUCUGCUGGGUGUCCAGUACAUCCUUUUCCCCUGGAGGCCAGAGGGACGCAUCAGCCGGGCCAUCUAUGAUCUCUUUAUAAAUAUCUGCUCCCAUUUCCAGGGACUCAUGGUGGCAAUUAUAUUCUGUUUCUGCAAUGCUGAGGCCCAGACAGCGCUGCAGAGGAAGUGGGCUCAGUGGAAGUCUGCCUGGGGUAAAACCGGUUGGGGAGAAACACCUAUCACCAAGAACCACUUUAACUACCACACCAACUCCUCCAUUACCGAAACCAGCCGUGCCACCAUCAACUUGGAGCAGCCUUCUGCGCCUUCUGAACAAAACAAAAAUAGCCACUUCUUGUUCAGCAUGCAGCAGAAAGCCAACGGGCAGCAGACGAACAGCCAGACAUGCCACAACGGGGAAGUGGACAUGCUCAACAAGUUGGAGACCACGGACGUCUGACUAGAGAAAACGCAGUGGUGAUGGUCGUGCCAAACAAACACACACUCACUUACAUGUAGACACAAGACUAAAAAAACAAGAGAGGUUGCAGGUGAAUUUUCAAAAUAAAGGUUAACUGAUGGGCAGUGUAUGUACAGUAUGUACAAAAUAUCUGAAAAACACUUAAAAAGCAUGUGAUGUUCAUACACACACACACACACACACACACAGAUUUUUACAGUAACAACUCCAGUUUUUGGACUCUCAUCAAAAAAUAAUUUAUAUCAUGGUGUCAUCCUGUAAUCCUAGUAUAGUAAUGUUUUUUUUGUGAACAUGUGUUCUGUUGAUGGAAUGUCCACUCGGGUAUUUCAGUUAUUUUUUCCCUAGUUUUUAUAAUGUAUUUUUUGUUAGAAUGGAGAAAGGUGCAAAUCCCAAACUUGCCAUUUUGAUAUCACAAAUGAAGAGCUUUGUUUGUGUAAUCUGUUCCCUUAUGAAGCUUCUGAGUGCUUUACCCGUGCACCACUGUGACCAAUGAAUGUCAUAGCCCACUGAUGUGAUCUAUAUGUUCUUUUAAUUGCUUUUAUCAAAGAAAGAUAAUGUAAUCGCCACUGGCCUGCAGAAAGCCAGAGGGCUUAACGUUUUGGAACAUACACUGCUUCAUUUUGUAGAGCACUUUGAACUAAUCUGCCCUAUAAAGGCAAAAUGCAAUAACUAUAAUAAUAGGGUCAAACUUGAAUUGGACUUUUUGACAUCUGUUUUACCAUAUAAAAAUGUAUAAUACUAUAUAGAAAUGUGUAUGUGUGCUCUUGUUUAGAAGCUGCCAUCAGUCUUUUUGCACUACAGUAUCUGCCACAAAAAGACAGCCAACCCAUUAGCAAGAGAGCUAUAUCAAGUUAAAGCUAGCUGGUGAAAUAACCACAGCUAUCCUUAGCUAAAGCUAAAACUAAAUUUAUUUAGUGAUUUAACUGCCAAUUAUAGAUAUUUAAUAAUUAACUGACAUCUGGUUAUUCAGUUAGAUUACUCCAUAUCACUGAAUGGCGCAGUAGUAAAAUCCAGUCAUGAUGGAGAAACAAUAAACGAUAACGUUAACCCAGCUAAGGUCGUGCUAAUGGUGCCCAGUUUAACAGAGGAGCAGUAGCCGUCAUCAGCUUCUGACUCUAGUGAAAUUCAUAUGAUUCAGUGCAGUUCAGUUACUUUUAAAUUACAUGUUUAAAUUUAUUAAAUUGCAAAUUAAUUAAUUAUAUUGGUUUCAGUACAGACAGACAGACACCUAAUAAAACAGAGAAUAGUCUACAUUUAAUGUCUAAAUGUCUAUGAUCUAUGGACUGUAAAUAAUCAAAAUAAAGCUAAAAUGGGCAAGAAAGCUAACAAGAAAGAACACAUUUUGUUGGUAGCACCUUUUCCCGCUGCAUUUUGUGAAGAUUAUACAAAAGCAGUGUUUUAGUUAUUACAGGUUCUAUUACAAUGAUUGUUUUUGUAUCAGUUACACAGUUUGACAGCCAACAUGAAAACUUUAAACGUUUUUUUCUCAACUUCACUGUUUCUAUAGUUCCUGCUCUUUGCCUUUGUAGGGCAGUAAUGUUGAAAUCAAAAGUCAUAUUUCAGUUUUGAAUGGUAAAACUAGUUCUUAAAUGUUUGGACACUGAACAGAAGAAACGCUUUAUCCCCACAUUGUUGCUGUAAAUUAGGUUUGUUAAAGUUGAUGGUCGCUAUAUAUGCUUACACAAAUCUUCAGUUUGCUAAAAUGACUAAUUUACUUUUAUGGCAAAUAAACAGACCUCAUUUUAACAUGAAAUAUACCAUGUUGAAAGGCCGUCUGACUUUCAUAGUUCAUAUACAUAACUCUACUCUACUCGACUCUCCUACUCAUGUAGUUGAGUAGGAGAUUAAAAGGGACAAUCUGUAUGUAACUAUGAAAUUUCUCCAUAGUAUAACAUCCUGGCUACAUGACAGCUAAUCAUGUACGUAGAGUAGUGUGUAGCUAAUUUUGAGCCUCAUCUGAUUCGAACUGAUUUACUUCCUUGAACUAAAUAAUGUGCUGAACAUUAUGGGUUACAUCUCUCCUUAUUCAAAUUGGGAGCAGAGCUUUGAGUACAGGAGCAUUACUGGUGCAGAAUUGUUAUUUAUUUAAUUUCCUACAACCUUUACUUUCUAUUAUGACAUGAAUUUUAUUGUAAUAUGACCAGAAAUCUUAAUCUGAUAUGAUGCUUUAAUACACAUUUAAAAUGAAUACAAAGAUGAGACAGAGCAACCCAUUUAGAAUUCCAAUUUAAAAUGUUUCUGCGUCAAAUGUAGCUUUUGCAGACAGAACAAGACUGUGCCCAGUUAGUGCAUAAAUGUUUUUUUUAUAUCUCUCCACUUCAAUCAGCAUGGGAAGGAGACAAUUUCAAAGACUUGUCUUUAUUAUAGUGUACUAUUUGUAACAUUCUGUGUCAUUAUUGUUGUGGCUGUUAAAAUUUGCUGUUUUACUAUUGGUUUGUGUUAUUGUUACAAUAUGCUUUUUUUUCACAUGCACAAAUACAAUUUACUGCCACUUCACAGAGAUAUAAUUUAGUAGUUUUUCCAUUACUCAUGUACUGUGUUGCUGUAUGUACACUGGCAGGCUACAGUACCAGCACCUUUUCAGUUUCCACUGGAAUACUGAGCAGUCAAGUCUUAUGUUUGAAAGUGAGCUAGUAGCAAAUGUAUUUUGGUGUGAUGCAUCCCCACACAACGUACUGGGAAUACAAAUGUUCCAGUGUGGAUGCAGUAUUGUACGCUGAUGUAUAGGGAAUAAAACACAAUUGUGGUAAGAAAACAGAUGAGUAUGAGAAGGCUCUGUUAAAGAGCGGUGGUUCUCAACUCAUUCUGCACAGGGCUCCCACCUGUACACUUUUGCCAAUGCUGCCCAGUAAAGAAACAGCUCUCAUGGACAUAUUUGUAAAGAAAUUUGAGAAACAUUCCAAUAAAACGUCAAAAGAAAUGUUCAUUUCAAGCAUAUUUUUGUUUUCUAUUUUUAACACUGCCAUUUAUGUGUGGAAAUAAAGUUGUUUGAACAUAAACCUGUA